AUGGACUCAACUAAGCUCCCUUCGGGCUGCGGGGUCUGUGGUUCACACAACAAUCUCUUCCAAUGCAACAAAUGCCAGAUCAUGCCUUACUGCAGUCAGGAACACGAAGCUGCCGAUAGGGGAGCACAUGAGCAAGCCUGCACCAAAAUCUUGGAAAACCGAAUUAACAUAGAGUCGGAAGAAUGCGGGCUACCGUUCACUCUUGAGGACUUCAUGAGUCCAUCUGAGGACCUCCAAAGGCAUCCUUCCGGGCGCAAUGGGGAUGGUCGUCGCCGGAAGCGGAUAUACUGGCAGAGAGGCGCCGAUGAGCGAGCCUACUUGGCAGCGCGUUGUGGCCUGCUGAAGGCGAUAUCAAAGAUCUGGACACGGGAGUCUCUCCAAGUCCAAUUGACCCAGGUGCUGGCUCUUUUGAGACUGUCGCCUCGUGAUCCUCUGGGGUUGCGCAGGCUCGCACCAGUACUGAUGUUACUUCUGGGCCAGGACCGGGAAUGCUAUGACUUUAUGAAAGGGUGGUCUAUGGGGAGAGAGGGUAGGGAUAAUGACAACGCCGGUCCCCGACUACGGGGUCAAACAAUCGACAAAUCAGACUUUUUCGAACCCGUCGACUUUGUCCAUGAUCUCGCUCACACUAUCAUUCUUACUCUUCUCAAAAUCAAAAUAGACAAGCUGUAUGCCAGUGUUCACUUGAAGAAUGGUUACUAUUGGCGAGCUCUUGUGAGUCCGCAGAUUCCUCUCGACUGGAAACCGGAUAGGGAGAGUCCGGGUUCACUCGAAGAGAUGCAAUGCAGUCUGAUUUAUACCUAUGAUGCGUGGAGGAAGACGCCCGGGGCAGUGGACUUUAUCAUAGCCAGAUUUCACAAAAAGGUUCAAGGCCGGGUGCAAGGCGGGACUAGAAACCAGGAUCGGGAUGAGGAAUGGACAUUGUUGUGA